CAUACCCUUUACUUUUUCGUUGGUUUAACUCUCGCUCUCCCUCCAAAACUUUCGAAGCCUAAUCAAAAUUCCAAUUCUAAUUUUAGGGUUAGGGUUUUACUUCAAAUUGUGCUAAUAUGGCCAGAUACAGAAGUCGCAGCCGGAGUUACAGUCCCCGUCGUCGCAGCAGAACACCACCACGUGGCCGUAAACAUCACUACGACGACGAAGACCCCCGUGACCGCCGCCGUGUCACACGCUCUCACCGUGACCGCCGUUCCCCUGCUCCAUCUGGUCUUCUCGUUCGCAAUCUUCCUCUUGACGCCAGGCCUGAAGACCUUAGAGGUCCAUUUGAGAAGUAUGGACCUGUGAAGGAUGUUUAUCUACCCAAGAAUUAUUACACCGGGGAGCCACGAGGCUUUGGAUUUGUGAAGUACCGGUAUGCUGAAGAUGCGGCAGAGGCAAAGCAAAGGAUGAACCAUAAAAUUAUCGGUGGACGUGAGAUAAGAAUUGUUUAUGCGGAGGAGAAUAGAAAAACUCCUCAAGAAAUGCGUACGACUGCACGCGUAAGUGGUCGACAUGGAGGCAGCACUAGAGGGAGAACUCCACCGAAGUCUCCAAGACGCCGGCAUCGUUCUUACUCACACUCACCUUCGUCAGCCAGGCAUGAUUCGAGGGAUCGUGGUGCGAAGGAUGAUUAUCACUCUCCAAGGAGGUCCAGGUCAAUUUCACGUUCUCGUUCUCCACAAGAUGAGAGGGACUAUAGGUCGAACCAGAGGUCUCCAAGCCCAAGGGAGAAUGAUCAGAGUCCUCAUGCUGAAAGAGAAUAUGCAUCUGGUGGGUUAGGGAGUCCAAGUGGUAAUGGUCACACUCGAUCGAGGUCUCGUUCGAGAUCUAAUGGAUUUGGGAGAAAGGGUUUUGUUGUUCCUGUAGAUCAUGCAUUUUGCUUGGCUGAUCUUAAAUGGUUCUUUCUCGCUGAUGGGCUGUCUAGCGGUUACGAUGGUAUCUGAGGCUGCUCAAGCGGUUUGCAGUGGGAAGUGUACUGUGGGCGUUAGCGGAGCUAGAUGAAUAGUGUGUAUGGAUCUCACUUGUGGAUCCCUCUUUUUGUUUAUUUUUGUCUGUUGUGUAGCUUGUGAAGAUGAUAUUAGUUGUUGAACUUACUCCAUAGUAUGGCAAGAUGGGAAUUUGCAAUUUCAUGCGCGCAUAAUUAUGUUUUAUGUAACACAUUAAUUGCUGAUAAGAUCAAAAUAUUAAAUCAAAAGUUAUCUGAAAUGCUUAAA